CUCCAGCUCCUCAUCUAACCACUCGACUUCUCCUGCUCCAUCACCACCUUAACUACAUAAACACACGCACACUUCAUCAUGCUACACCAUCCACAACCACAACACAGCCACAGCCCACGGAGCAGCAAGCACACAAGCAAGAAACGCGAGAAGCUGCCAGCCAGCCAGCCAGCCAGCCAGCCAUGGAGGUCAUGUCUUCCAUAGCCGUGCUCCUACUCCUCUACUGUUCCCUCACGGCCGCGACGGCGCCGGCCGGCACGAUCGAGCGCGUGUCCAAGCAGCAGAUCCUGGCGAGCAUCCCACCAGGAGGGCACACCAGCCCGCCCGUGCUGUUCCUCACGUCUCCCUCCGGCAAGUACGCGGCCUACUUCGUGCGCGCUCACACCGUGCCAGGCGCCGGCGGGCUCGGCGCCGACUUUUGCUACGUCGAGGUGUUGGCCGGCGGUGAGGGCGAAGGCGGCGGCAGCGGUGCCCACGCGAGCGCCUGGGAGUCGGAGUGCCGGCCAGUGAGCACGGUGAACACGUGCACCUUGCUCUUCUCGUGGCACGGGCUGGAGGUGUUCGACGGGGCCGAGGAGGUGUGGCACGGCGAGACCAACACCGACGGGACCAACUUCCUCCAGACGCUCGAGCUCGUCGACGAUGGCGACAUGCGCGUCCGCGACAAGGACGGCGAGCUCGCGUGGCGCGCCAGCGACGAGCCCCGCCACGCGCAGCACUGCGGCGCGCCGGGAUCCCCGGGGCUCGCGGCCGCGCUGCCGCCCUUCGCAGAGCCCAUUGGCGCGCACAGCAGCAACCUGCCCUUCGGCCAGGUGGAGGGCGGCAACGGCCACGCGGCCGAGCUUCCGGAGGCGGCGGGGCUCGGGGGCGGUGUUGCUCCAGGGGCCGGAGCCUUUGCCGGUGUAGGAGGAGUUGCCCCGGGGCCGGGAGCAGGCGGCCCGGGCGACGGGUACGGCUACGGCAUUGCACCGAUGGCGGGAGGUGGCGGAGGCGUUGCCGCGGGGGAAGGACCCUUGGGUGACGGCUACGGGAUUGCACCGGGUGGCGCCGGGACAGGAGCCUUCGGUGCUACCGGGGACGUGGCCGGACAGGGUGAAGCCGCGACGGCGGCGGGGACUGCGGGCGGUGUGGCCGGAGCGGCAGCGUUCGGCCGCCAGCCGCUGGUGGACAACAGCCCCUACGACAGCGGUGCCUACAAGGGCAGCCGUGGGGCCCGUCUCGCGGCGAUUGGUACCGCGGUUCUCGUCGGUGCCAUUGCUGUGGGUUUCUGAUCACGAAGACGAAUCAAUGGCGAAAGCACGGCCAACAUAUGGAAUCGUGUUUCCUAAGGAGUUGUGAAGAUAUAUGAUAUAAUGCACCUACUACAGUAGUACUUGUUUUUUGCGAGACUACAGUAGUACUUGUUAAUUAUGUAAUUUGUGUACUACUACAAUUGUAUCAAAGUCAAUGCAAUUUGAUGAAAUUAAAUUGUAUCA